UCCUCCACUCUAAAGGCCACUCCUAUUUUCUUUCACUUCAUUGGAGAGUGGCUGUUAUCUCUUCUCUCUCUAUCUCUCUCAAUUCAAUUUUCCCUUCUAUCUUCUGGACCAGUCUCUCUGUAACCCUCAGAUAGGUUUGAUUACUUGGUGAUGUUCAUGUUCGUGUAAAGAUCGCAACUUUAUAUCUGGGUGGGAAAUGAGAAGAACCGGCUAAGAUUGCAAAAUUGGUCUUUUUCUUGCUUUGGACUUGGAUGUGAUGGAGUUCCCUUCCCUCUCUCGUUUCAAUGUUUGGAGGGCAUCUGCAACUAUGCGAGUCUGGACCAUUUUCUUGCUCCUAAUACUACUGAAGAGUGAUGUUGUAUAUUCGGAUUCUGAUUUCUUGAUUGGUCUUGGAAGCUAUGACAUUACCGGUCCUGCAGCUGAUGUUAACAUGAUGGGUUAUGCUAACACAGAACAAAUUGCAUCUGGGAUUCACUUCAGGCUUCGGGCUCGUGCUUUUAUUGUUGCUGAGCCAAAUGGUAACCGGGUAGUGUUUGUGAACCUCGAUGCUUGCAUGACUUCACAGCUUGUGACUAUCAAAGUAAUUGAGAGGCUGAAAGCAAGAUAUGGUGACCUAUAUACAGAAAAGAAUGUAGCUAUUAGUGGAAUUCACACUCAUGCUGGUCCUGGGGGUUAUCUCCAGUAUGUCGUCUAUAUUGUAACUUCUCUUGGAUUUGUGCGGCAGUCAUUUGAUGUUAUUGUUGAUGGUAUUGAGAAAAGCAUUGUCCAGGCCCAUGAAAGUCUCCGCCCAGGAUCAAUAUUUGUCAAAAAGGGAGAGCUCUUAAAUGCUGGUGUAAAUCGCAGUCCUAGUGCUUAUCUCAAUAAUCCAGCUACAGAGAGAAGCAAAUAUAAGUAUGAUGUUGAUAAGGAAAUGACUCUUUUGAAGUUUGUUGAUGAUGACUGGGGUCCUUUGGGAAGCUUCAAUUGGUUUGCUACUCAUGGGACUUCAAUGAGUCGUACAAACUCAUUAAUUAGCGGGGAUAAUAAGGGUGCUGCUGCAAGGUUUAUGGAAGACUGGUUUGAGCAAAAAGCCUCUAUAAGAAUGAGUUCUGUUGGAUUUGAAAAUGAUGGCAUCCCCCGAAGAAUUUCAAACAUAAUUCCCAGUGUUCAAGAUAAUCACCAUGAAUUACUGGAACUUGCUGCCUCAUUCCAAUCUCCUCCUGGUAAACCAGCAAUUAAAACUUCGAGUGUUGCUAGACGUGUGAGAGGUGCCCUUAUGCAGGUUGACAAACCUAGAUUUGUAUCUGCAUUUUGUCAAUCAAAUUGUGGUGAUGUUAGUCCAAAUGUCCUCGGAGCUUUUUGUACAGACACUGGACUACCUUGUGACUUCAAUCAUAGCACAUGUGGAGGGAAGAAUGAAUUAUGCUAUGGCCGAGGACCUGGUUACCCAGAUGAAUUUGAAAGCACACGUAUUAUAGGGGAGAGACAAUUUAGAAAAGCAGUGGAGCUAUUCGAUGGAGCAUCAGAACAGAUUAAAGGGAAGGUUGAUUUUCGACACGCCUACAUAGAUUUCUCCCAGCUUGAGGUGAAUAUUUCUAAAGUAGGAGCUUCUGAGGUAGCAAAGACAUGCCCUGCUGCAAUGGGAUUUGCAUUUGCCGCUGGAACAACAGAUGGACCUGGAGCUUUUGAUUUUAAGCAAGGUGAUGAUACGGGAAAUCCUUUCUGGAAGCUGGUUAGGAACUUACUUAAAACUCCAGGCAAGGAACAAGUAGACUGUCACCGCCCAAAGCCCAUUUUGCUUGAUACUGGUGAAAUGAAGCUACCAUAUGAUUGGGCACCUUCAGUACUUCCAAUCCAGAUCCUCCGAGUUGGACAGUUUGUUAUUCUUGGUGUACCUGGAGAAUUCACAACUAUGGCUGGGAGGCGUCUUCGUGAUGCAGUGAAGACAGUGCUAAGUGGUGACAAAAGCUUCGGUAACAACAUUCAUGUUGUUAUAGCAGGUCUGACUAAUACUUAUUCACAAUAUGUGACUACAUACGAAGAGUACCAGGUGCAAAGAUAUGAGGGUGCUUCCACGCUGUAUGGUCCCCACACACUGAGUGCAUACAUUCAGGAGUUUAAGAAGCUUGCCAAAGCUCUCAUUGGUGGCCAGUCUGUUGAACCAGGACCUCAACCCCCUGACCUUAUGAAUAAGCAAAUAAGCAUGCUAACACCAGUUGUGAUGGAUGCAACUCCUCUUGGUGUAAAUUUUGGGGAUUGUAACUCUGAUGUACCCAAGAACUCCACCUUUAAGAGAGGUGACAUGGUGUCAAUUACUUUCUGGUCUGGUUGCCCUCGUAAUGACCUUAUGACUGAAGGUACAUUUUCCCUGGUCGAAUUUCUCCAAGGAAAGGAUACUUGGGUUCCUGCUUAUGAUGAUGAUGAUUUCUGCCUGCGCUUCAAGUGGUCAAGGCCUUUCAAACUGAGUACUCACAGUAAAGCCACCAUAGAAUGGAGGAUCCCACAGGAUGUAACUCCUGGUGUAUACAGAAUAAAACAUUUUGGGGCUUCAAAGGGCUUAUUGGGAUCAAUUCGUCACUUUACUGGUUCAUCUAGUGCAUUUUUAGUAGCACAGUAAAGGGGGGCAUACUGAUUAUACAUGUUUAAUAGCCUGAUAUCUAUUACUAUAUUUGCGAUUUGUUGUGCUGAACUCUAGCAGAAUACAUUAAAUUAAGGAUGAUUGCACUAUAUAUAUAUAUU